AUGACUCGUGCCAAGAAAAGCACAACAGGCGCAACCACGACCGAGUUGGUCGUGAAACCCCCGCGCAAGAAGCCAGGCCCAAAGCCAAAGGCCCUUUCGGAGCGCGUCUAUAAGCCAGCCAAGCCAAUCCAGCGCAUCGAGAACAGCUACUCACAGAGAAGGAAGGAAGAAGUUCUCUUGUAUCUUCUCAACCACACUAUCUAUGAUCCCGAUAGUUGGAAGUCGGUCAAUUGCUAUAGAAAGCCUUUCCAAAGAGAUGCUGCGAAGCAUUUUAAGAUACCAGAGGCCACGAUACAUACUUGGUGGAAGAAUAGGACGUCCAUCUUGAAUAGGGAGAAGAAAUCAAGGAAGAAGAAGGACUCAAAGGAUCUACCCGCCCUAGAAGCGGGAGAGAUUCAGAAUAAAUGA